AUGGAAUCACUGAAACUCUAUCGAGCCGAUGAUCGAUCCAUAUGGGACACUUGGACACCGGCCAAAAACCGAGCCGAUGAUGUUGAGGCCGAAUCCUAUUCUCAGGAGUGUGCUCUCAUCGUCCGCCGAGAACCUCAUCCAAGCAACACAAACCAAGCAGCUUUACAUUCCAUCACAAUUCAGAGUCCUUUGAUCAAGAAGAUCUUGGACGUCACAUUUGAGGGAUUUGAGGGUCUCAAUACCCAACUCAAACAGUUGACUUUCAAGGCACCUUUUCACCCUUUUUAUUAUCGGUGUCAUCGCUUCGAAAAGCUUCGUCGGGAUGAAAAGGAUGAGGAGACUAAAAGCCAUGUGGAUUUGCUUUAUGAUACUCUCAGCAAAGAGAUCUGUCCGCAUAUCGAGGUCAUGGAAGAUUAUACAAAGAACGGAGUGAUCAGUUUUGAGUAUUUGUGGAUACUAUUUGCUCCUGGGAUGGAACUAUACGCCAUGAUUGAUGGCCAUGAUCGCAUCAUUUUGUUGAGAGAUAGUAGAUAUGGAGCUAGUAUGAGCGGAGAAUACUUCUCCUUGGAGUGUAAGUAUAUUGAAUGUGAUGGCUCGACAUUUGGCUACGUGGACACCUCAAUUGAAAUCAACUCCUUUCAUGGCGUGAAGAAGCUUGUAGACUUAGAUGCGAUUCCCAGUCAUCUGCGCCCGGAUAUUAGUAAUCUCAUAGGAAGGUUAUAUAAGCGUGGUAAUAAACUUGAGUCACUCAAUGGCUUUCAUCAUAUGUCGUAUUCUGGAUUUUACACAGCUAGGUCCUCUAGACAGGUUCGAAAGCGAUAUGUAUGUAUCGAUUCUACUCCGAAUUUCACCAAAUUAGUCACCACAUCUUUGCAUAUAGGUGGAAAAGGGUCGUAUUGUUAUCGAUGCCAACAACCUCGGCAUUUACGCUAUGCCUGGACCAAAUCUUGAAGCGCUUGAGUGCAUCUCGCUGUCAAUAGACGAUGAUAAUAUGAUUUACAAGGCAACUUCCCGUGAGAAUGAAAUUUACCAAAAUGUCUUGAAAGAUUACGAGAAUAAAAAAACAGGUGAGAAUGAUUCGCAUUCUAUCAAGACAACGAUUGGCUUCGCAACUGACAAUCUCAACAGCCGGAAUUCUAAGUUCAAGAGAAUGUUUGCUUUGCACGCCCAUUGCUCGAGGCUAUUGUCUCACUGCGAAAACAUGGGGUAAGAGCUCAUCACUACGCAUGGAAUAAUUCAUAAACUAAAAAUGCUAUUUAUGUAGCCGAAUUUGAUGUCGAAAAUGUUCACCUUGUCCGUUGGAGUGAAAAUGCCUUUUCAAGACUCGUUCUACCACACGGGUACAAGGACAUCAUUCACGCUUUUGUUCAAGAGCAGCUCUCUCGCGACGACGAAUUUGACGAUAUAAUCACUGGGAAGGGUAUUGACAGAUUCUCGUUUGGAUGA